ACACCCGUUAGCCGACUCUCACCGGGAUUAUCCUAGGCGAGCGAGAAAAAGAAAAGCCGCGAUCGAGGGGCCCGGAUCCGCUAGCCACGAUCGGAGCGACGGUUCAUCGGCGGCCUGAUCCAAACCGAGGACGAUCAUGAUAUUCACAAUUUUGUGCAGCCUCGUCAUCGGACGAUCCAUCGCUUUGCCGCUCUCCAAUGUUUGGCUGAGUCCGAUACCGGCCCUUUCGCCAUUAAGGCAGUACCACAUACAAGACGGUUCGGGAUCUUACCAGUACUCCUUCACCGGGCCGCAUCACGCCAAAGCGGAAACUACCUUGAACGGCGUCACACAGGGUGGCUAUUCCUACAUUGACGCAAAUGGAAUUUUGCAAACGGUCUCGUAUACGGCGGACGAUAAGAACGGAUUUAGAGUCAGCGCGAGCAAUCUGCCGCAACCGCCCAGGGAUGAUCUGCCGCAAACUGUACAGGACACGCCGGAAGUGGCCGCGGCGAAGAGAAAUCAUCUCGAGGAGUUGCAGAAGUCGCAUCAGGCCAAUUGGCAGGAUCAGAAUCUUCUGUCGUACAAAAUCCUGCCGUCGUACUUUAGCUUCGCCCAAAUCCAGCCGGACGGCAACAGCAAAGCCGAGCUGAAUUUAAAGGCGCAGGAAGUAGAGGAUGCCAACAAUCCGUUCUUAUUGCCAAGAUCAGAGGCAGAGAGAAUCAACGUUCCCAAGCCGGAUCCGAGUCUCUCGAAGGUAACGCCCACGUCUUCGGGGCCCACCACCACCAUCGUCUCGUCAUUAUCAACUCCGACGUCAUUAAGGGAGAACACGCUUCUCAAGGAUGACGACCGGACGUCUAAUCAGAAUGCCUUGCAUCCGGGGAGGCUGAUGCCGCUCGCGAAUAUCCAAAAACGAUUAGCCCUACCCGCGCCCUACGUACUUCCGGUGCUGCCUUACAGAUUCCUUCACAGCUCGCUGCAUCAUACCCAGGACUCUCUGGGCCAAUACGAUUACAGCUACACCGGGGACUCGAGCGCGAAAACCGAAUCCAGGUCGCUCGACGGUACCACCAGGGGAGCAUACAGUUACAUCGAUCCCAACGGGAUUCUUCAGCAGGUGCAUUACAUCGCCGAUCACAAUGGAUUCAGAGUCAUGGCAACUAAUCUGCCCGAAGCGAAGUGAUAAUCAUGUCGGCGCCACAGAAAAUGUCCCGUGGGGGCGUAGAAGCGUUCGUCUUCCAAGCGACAUGUCAUGUAUCAAACAUUAAUUCUGUACACAAUUUCCUUUCCUAAAUUUCGGAUUUGUCAGCGGAUCUCAAUCUCGCGGAAAAAUAAAGAAUAAAACAUACCGUUGAGUCAUUAGGAAAAAUAAAGAAUAAAAUAUAUCGUUGAGUCAUCUGCAGGCUUCCUGAACGAAAUAUGAUUUUGUAACUUCCAAUCAAGAAAUUCAUAUUUCAAUUGAGAGAUAAAAAAAGCGAAAAGAUAAAAUAAUAAACUCAUAUCGUGUAUUUAUUUAAUGGCUCUUGAUUGCUAAAGAUAAUUAAUCGCAACAAUCAAGAAGCACAAGAAGAAGAUAUAGCAGGAAAAUUCCAUUCAAAUGUAUCGUCUCGCGUAAUAAGUAUCGGUGUCGGGGAUUUGAGGAAACAUUACGCGAAUGCUUCUCGAGUUUGUUCAACGAUUGUUCCCGCGAAAACGCGGAAGAACGGACUUGAUUCGUAUUCGAGUAUCUUCCUAACUUUAUUAUUAUUUUUUUUUAAUGUUAAGCUUAUUUUGCGCGAUCGCGAUCGCGCGACCAGGAAAAUUAUUUCACGUUCCGUAAACAUCCUCUUUUAUUAUCUUUAUUAUCUUAUGAUUGGAAGGCGUUAAUGAUGUCAUGUUUUCAAGAUUGUUAGUAGAUUGCACUUUUAUUGAUUAUAACAUAAAUACAGAUGAAAAAUGCAAUCUCUACUGUUGUCGUUACCCUCCUUCUCUUCUUUAAUCUCUCUCACCCUUCUGCGUAAAAUAAAUGAAUGAAAUAAAUAACUGCAACAUAUUUGUACAUGUAUACUUGUGAUUUAAUGUGUGCAAUAUUUUCAAAUAUUUAUUUUAUUCAAAAUGUAAUUUUUUUUCUUGGGAUAAAAAAGUUAUUUUAUUAGAAAAAUUUUCACCACUAAUAAAUUUUAAUGAAUUUGAUAGAUUAGGCAUUUCCAUGUUUUCUCUUUAAUAUCUCGUAUUUUCGAAUUUCAAAUUAACUAUAUUUAUAAGGUAUAUUAAUGGACUUUUAGACAUGCGUGCAGAAAUUACGUUUAUAUAGAGACACGAUUCAGUCAUGUUCCAGGGAUGAAUUAACGAAAUAUCAAGCUUCAGUAUUUCUACCGAGAAAGGAUUGAAAAAUACACUCGAAUUUGAGGAA